ACUCUGUUAAUGAUCCCUCUUAUCUCUCUCUCUCUCUAUAUAAAUACAUCCAAAAUCGAUUUUUCCUAUUCUCUCUGUUUAUAAGAUCAGAUAUACAAACACAGUGAGAUAAGAAAAGAGUUCAUUUGCCCAGAGAGUCUCUCUCUAUUUCUCCGCUGCUUUUGGAAAAAAAGAAGAAGAUGAUUUUGUUGGAAUCAAUACUGGAAAAGGGUAAUUGCUUCCGUCUGGACUUGCAGUUGCUUAUCCUUUACAUAGCUCUGGCCGUCUUCAAUGGCGCUCUUGCUGCGAUUGCGUUUUCUCAGCUGGUCAGGAUUCACAUGCGCAAUCAACAAAUUGGAUGGACACGCCAAAAAGUACUCCACCUCAUGAUUGGCUGUUCUAACUUGGGUUACUUCCUCUAUUUUACAUCUACACUGAUUGCCACUUGUAAGCAGUGGUUUUGCUGGUCUAAUGUCUGCGGGUUCAUUCUGAUGGCCUACCCAGAAGUUCUGUUUCUUGCAGCUUUUCUUCUAGUCCUAUCCUUUUGGGUGGACCUUUGCCAUCAGGCAAAUGAUGAAGAGGAGGAGGAUGAUGACAGUAAUAUACAGCAUGCCUUGUUGGUAAAUUCGCAGAACAAACACCAUUCAUCAAACACAGAUGGUCAUAGGAUUUGUUGCUCGUUCCCAAGCAUUCACGUUGGAAGUCACCAAAAAUUUGCGAUUGCGGUUGUUGGGUUUGUCCUAAUCUUGAUGAUGUCAUUUUCUGUCAUGAUCUGGAUUGGUGUGGGGAAGAAUUCCAUUGAUUCUUCAGUAGUUGCUCAGGUAUAUGAAGACUUUCUCGCCUUUACAGUCCUUUUUUUAGGAGGUGGAUUAGGUUGCUAUGGCAUUCUGCUGCUUCGUAAGUUAAGGAAAGUACGGUCUGAGAAAGCUUCAUCUGAAAUGUGGAAGGUUGGCGGUUUAGCAGUUGCUUCUGUUGUAUGCUUUACAUCAAGUGCAUUAGUAGCUCUUCUUACUGAUAAACCUCUAUAUGAUCCUUGGAGUCUGAAAAAAGCAUAUGGCGGGAAAGCGCUAAUUUUCCUGAUGCUGUACUAUUUUAUAGGCUCUUGGGUACCCUCAGCUUUUGUAUUGUGGUUCAUGAGAGAAUUGCCACCCCCAAUCACUAAUCGCCGACGGGAACAAUCAACAACAAUUGCAUUCAUCAGCCACGCUGGAGUGGGGCCACAGCAUCCUCGUCAAUGGGCUACUGUAACAAGUUCAAAUAAUCAGGCGUCGCGACCAAGUCCCGUAUAAGGAAAACUCAUGUAGCUCUCAAUGUUAUCUUGUCUCUGAAGAAGAGAUUUUGAGAAUGCUGAUGCACAAAUGCAAAUGUUUCUAGACUAAUGCACUGCAGACGAAGUUCAAAUGAACAUGGAGGCUCACCUGUCAUCCUGUACUACCAUUUUUACUGCAGACGUGGAUCCUACCGACUUUUGCCUUUGGUUCAUGUACAGAGUUGUAUCGCAGGACUGCUAGAGGCACAUUCUGCAAUGAAUGCUUUCCAUCACUGCAAAAGUUAAUCAUCCUUGUUUGCAAGCCAAUGUGCUACCCCUGUUACAGUCUCUACUUGCAUGUUGCAGUCAUACCUGGUAUAGAGAGAUUGCAGCUCUAAUAUCUUGCAGAAGGCCCUCCAAUCCAAGAUGCAUACUUUGCACAUCUGAGAUGUUUGUGCUGGCUUCCAUAUAGUCCAUUACCACAUUGAUAAUCUUCAUUGUUUCAAGCAGCUUUAAACCUGGCACAUAAUGCCACCUGUUCCGCUGAAGCCGCUGAAGAUAUAGGGAUAGCAAAAACUGCUUUGAAAUUCCCCUUUU